AUGAACAACCAUGGGAUUCUGUCACUGCUGGAUGAAGAGUGCCUUCGAAGCGGGAACGUAACCGACGACACAUUCCUCCUGAAGCUUACCCAAAUCUGUGCCGGACAUCCGAACUUCGAAUCCCGGGGGAUGAAGAACUUCCUCGCAGACGACUCCCUCCCGAAGAACUGCUUCCGAGUGCGACAUUUUGCCGGGAAUGUGAUAUACAGCGUUCGGGGAUUCAUAGAGAAGAACUCGGACGUUCUAGCUCGUGACAUCUCUACUGCCAUGUUUAGGUGCUCUCAUCCACUUCUACAGGUGCUCUUUCCCGAAGGAAAUCCAAAGAGGACUCAUUUGAAGAGAGCGGCGACGGCAGGGACUCAGUUUCGUAUCGGCGUGGCCGCAUUGGUGAGGACUCUGCGAGGCAAGACUGCCCGGCACGUCCGCUGCAUCAAGACCAACGAAUUUCGACAACCCAGAAAAUUCGACAAUGCCCUCGUCCAACAUCAAGUUCGCUACAUGGGGCUGGUGGAACUGACAAGGCUGAAGAGGCAAGGCUACGCACUGCGGAUGACUUACGAGGCUUUUCUGGCGCGGUAUCGCCUCCUCUCGGUGCAUACAUGGCCCCGAUGGAGGGAAGGAUGCGCCCAGGAGGGUACCAUGUGUCUCCUCAGGGAUCUCCUCGUCUCCCCGUCCGAUUUCGCCUACGGCAGGACCAAGGUCUUCAUCAGGAGCCCCCGAACCGUCUGUGAUUUGGAGGAGUUUCGGUCCGAGAGGAUGUACGACUUGGCGACUGUGAUCCAGAAGGUGUGGCGGGGUUGGCGACACCGAAACUGGUUGCGACAAGCCAGAUGGAGUCAGACUGUGAUAGCACGGGCUUGGAGGAAGUGGCGCCGCCGUCGGCGCAUGAGAGAAGUCCAUUGGAGGCACAGAGCUCAGUGGGCCGCCGUCGCAAUUCAGCGCUGCUACUUCUCUUGGAAGAAGCGGCAAUGGCUGCUGCGACUGGCUAACCGUCUUCCGCCGAUGUCACCACUGAACCGAGAUUGGCCGUCUUGUCCUCGGCGUUGUUCCGAUGCAUCCCUCAUCCUUAGGAGGCUUUAUCACAAGUGGCGGUGUCACGUGUAUCGACUCCGAUUCGACCAGACGGCGAGAAACAGGAUGAGAGAGAAAGUCACGGCGAGUAUCCUCUUCAAGGACAGAAAAGCUUCCUAUAUACGGAGCGUCGGACAUCCCUUCCUGGGCGAUUACGUUCGCCUUCGACAGAAUGCACAGUGGAAGAAGAUGUCCUCGGACACCAACGACCAAUACGUGGUUUUCGCCGACAUCAUUAACAAGAUCAACCGGUCCAGCGGACGGUUUGUCCCAGUGCUCUUUGUACUGUCGACGAGCGCCAUGUUGAUCCUGGACCAGAGAACGAUGCAGGUGAAGUAUCGUGUUCCGGCUGGGGAUAUCUACCGGCUUUCUCUCUCCCCCUUCUUCGAUGACAUUGCUGUCUUCCAUGUGAAACCACCGAGUCCAUCAUCCGAUACGUCGAAUGCAUUGAUGUCGUGUGGACCGUCGAGCCAUGGGAUGGGACCAGGAAGUCAUCCGGCUGCCGGUCCCGGCUGCCUCUUCCUUCCUUCGGACAUCUCCAGGAAGAAAGGAGACUUCGUCUUCCAAACGGGGCACGUGAUCGAGAUCGUCACCAAGCUAUUUCUCGUCAUCCAGAAUGCCACUGGGAAGCCUCCCGAGAUCAAUCUCAGCACAGACAAAAGACAUGAAGCCAUCUUCCUCCUCGCUCCACCUCGGUUCACCGUCGAUACAUCCAAACGAUCCACUAGCAAGUCGAGAAAUCGAGUGGCUAAUGGUGCUUUGGAGAUUCCUCUCGCCGAACGGGAACAUCGGCCACAUUGCUGGCCUCGGGAGCAGCACAUAACCAUGCUCCGGACACGACAGCUAUCAAGAUCAACAAAUGUCGUCUCCAUGAAGCAACGAGCAGCCAAGACGUGUGACAAGUCAGGUGUUAUCUACUGGCAAGCCAUGAUGCAUUUGGAUGGCGAUGCUCCCGCCGCGGCCUCGGGGCUUCCCGACCAUUACUCGACCGCGUUCGGUCGAGAGAACGGGAGGAAGCAGACAGAGGCCGAAGGAAAGACGUCGACGUUUGGAUCACUCGUGCAGCCGAGAACGAAGCCCGAGUACCGGACCGUGGGAGGACUUCCAUCGAUUGCCAUCCCCGUCGCUGCGUCCUCGGAGAAGCAUCGCCUGCCUUGCGUUCGAACGAGUCGAGAAGGGGAGAUGACUGGAGGAAAACGGAAAAAGCCUGGCCAUCCGCAUUUCUCAAUCGCAUUUAACUUCAUGUGCUCCAUGCGCAUCCCACGGUACUGGGGAAUUGCAUGUGCCGUGUGA